GCCCCAUGUUUCUCCACGACACGGUAUAUAACGGCGCUCCAAGAUCCCCUCAUCACCCAGUCACAUUCCAGCGGUGGUCCACGUACAGAAGCGGAGAGUUACUACAGAAUCUACCACCAGCAUGUCGUGUCCAGCCACAGAAGGUGUUACAAGUUUAGGACUGUCUACAACUGGUGCCGAAAUCAGCGAGACGCCAUUUACGCCGUCCGAAGCCAAGACUGUUUGCCCAUUCUACCUGGAGGGAAGGUGCAGGUUUGGUGAGAACUGUCACAACGUUCAUCCUCCCGGAGUCGAACUGCCCAAGGUGACUAAGGCCCCGGAUCCCGUGGCCAAGAGGAGUCACGAACCUGAAGUAAGUGAUGGAAAGAAACCUCCGCUGAAAACUGCUGGUGACGUGAGGAAGAGAAUUCAGUGGGAUCCAGAACUACAAAAGGAGCACUUCAGUGUCGGGUAUCUUGACCGCUUCAGUGGUGUGGUGGAGAAGCCCUUCACCUCCUUCACGUGGGAACACCUCUCCUUGGUUGACCUGGACCAGCUGGCGGUUCCCCAACACAGGAUCCAAUAUUACAAGUACAAGGACGUCAAGGUUUGGGACAAGAACGAUCGACUGGACUUGGUGUUUGGAAGUGCCGGUGGCGACACCACCAUCAGGGAGGUCAUCCAGAAAGUCGAGGAAGAGCUUGCCGAGAAAAGGCGGACGUGUGGCUCUGAUGACUCAGAUGACGAUGAUGAUGCAGUCGUUAUCGGGGUGGAGUCUGAGUCCACUUCUGGAAAAGGAUUUAUCUCCUUGAUCUCUGAGGGGCAGAGCCUUAAGGACGAGCCGCUGCGAGCCUCACACUUUUUCUGCAUACGAGUGAACGAUGAGGAGGUGCGCCGGAGGGUUGCCUUGGUGCAGGAAAGUGUGGUGCAGGAGGAUCCGACGCUCCGCAGCUGUGCGAUGCCCGGCGAGCUACUCCACAUCACUCUCGCUAUGGUCAAGUUGGACAGCUACCAAGCCAUACACGAGGCCGGGGAUCUCUUGGAAGAACUACGAGAAAGUCUUAAGGCGGUGUUCGCGGCUCCUCCAGCAUCAGGCGUGGCUGCUCCCUCCAGGGUCGUGAGGGCGCAGGGACUGUCCACGUUCGGAGCUCGAGUGUUGUAUUCCAAGUUGGAGGUUCCGGAAUCUUUCAAUUCAGCCGUGGACCUCCUUCGCGAUGGGCUGCGUAAAGUGGACGACGCCGUCAUCACCAGCCACUUCGACUUCGUGCCGCACAUGACGCUGAUUAAGGUCAACCGAGUCACCGCCCGGGAACGCCGCUCCAAGUACAUCAAUUCCGUUCUGUACAGUGAUUACAUCGACCACUACUUCGGCACCAUCCCUAUCGACAACAUCCACCUGUGUGUUAUUGAUGAUCGGCGCGGACCUGAUGGCUUCUAUCUCACGUGUCAGGAAGUUGAAAUCUAGACGGCAGCAGAUAUUUCAGUUAUUACGAAUUCACAAAUAAAUGUUCUCAGGUCGUCCAGUAUUUUUUUUUUUCGAAUUAAAAUAAAAGUUCUUGAAGUUUGUUCGCGAUCCAUGUAGAGGAAGUUAUCUGAUUGCUGCGCAUAUCUAAUCAGAUUAUUAUGUUUCUUGAUUAUGAAGGGCGUCAUUGAUUACAGAACCUCAAUAAAUAAAAAAAUUAUCCUUUUGUGAUUAAGUGAAGGUUUCGAACUCAUUAAAAUCUAUACUGUAUGGAAAUCGUUACAUAAGAGAGCCAUUAAACUAUCAAGAAGCGGACAUUUUAAUUAUUAAUUUCAUUGUUUGUUUGUGUGUGUGUGUGUGUGUGUGUGUGUGUGUGUGUGUGUGUGUGUGUGUAAUUCACCACGGCCCGAUCACGUGGUGGACUCGUAAUCGCCAGGAGGUACCCCUCCGACAUGAGCAAGUGCUCUUUAUAAUCGACAUGACACACACCACGAAGUGGUGUGUGUGUGUGUGUGUGUGUGCAGAGCCAGGAGUAGCUCACACAGUGGGUUACAUCUCAAGGAAGAGGAAAACAUUCAUCAUAAGUGUGACCAUUUAUUCAACAUUUCAACAACGAUAAAAUAUUAAUGUAAACUUUUUCAGUAUUCAGUGAUUGAUGACAGAUGUUUAAAAGUGUGUGUGUGUGUGUGUGUGUGUGUGUGUGUGUGUGUGUGUGUGUGUGUGUACAUAUAUA